GACAAAGUCUGUCUGUGGUCGAUUAGAAGAUGAGGAUGCGAAAUACGUUUUUAGGGGGAAGUUAGAUAAGCAUUUAUCUGGACGUGAUACCAAUGCUCAUCCUGAGGAAACCUGGUGGUGUAUUAUGUCCACUUUCAAAACAGUGGUAAAGACAGUUGGUAACGAUGGUCAGUGGUGCCAUCACUGAAAACAAUGGUACUCUGGUAACCUUUCAGGAUAGACGGCUAGAAUGUUGGGCAGAACACUUUGAAGCAAGGUCCAACUGGACCACAGAAACGUUUCAGUUGCCCAACAUCCAGCCUCAACCUGGAGGGGACGCAGAUGUCGGUCUUCCAACUCUCCUCGAAGUUGAGAAAGCUGUAUCGAACCCGAAACGAUACAAAGCAGCAGGACCUGACAUUUUACCACCCGAAGUUUACAAGGACAGAGGUAGGAAAUUGCUGAUUAAAGUGUCAAAGGUACUAGCUACCUCGUGGGAAUCAAAGGUAAUGCCAUCAGACUGGUCCAUUUAUCUGAUCAUCCCAAUCAAUAAGAAGGGAGAAAAGUCUUGUGACAAACAUGGGAGAACUAGUUUGACCCUAGACUUUAUAGUUAUCUGAUGCUUAGCUGGAGCACAAGAAAACCAGGCACGUUUUCAGACCUGGACGGAGUGACGGCGCACCAAUCAGAUUUCUAUCCUUAGACAGGUUCUGGAACACGAACAUACCUACUGGCCACUGGUCGACACUUGCUUCAUUUGUUGUCCUGAAGGCGACAUUAGACUCUGUCUGUUGUGAGGUGUUGUGGCAGUAUCUGAUUGUGGAGAGAGUAUCGAUCAAGUACAUAACGCUAAUCAAAGCUCUCUACUGGAACUAACGCAGCCGUGUAAGGGGUUAUGCAGAGUUUUUGUCAGAACUGACGACAAGUAGUGGUGUCCGCCAGGGAUGCCCACUGUCAUUCUUUCUACUUGACUUUCUCUUAGAUGUACUGAUGGACAUCAACUUAGGUACCUGUGACUUCGUAGGGACUGACUUACUCCCCGAAGGUCAUCUGGUUGACUUAAAGUAUGCAGACGAUAUUGUCCUGAUGGGU